AUGCCUGGCUGUGUAGCCGAUUAUUGUGUUAAUUCCGCCAAAAAGGGAUAUAAAAUGUGCCGCUUCCCACGAGAUCCAAAAAGACGUGAAAUUUGGACUAAAAACAUGGGACGACAGGAUUGGUCUCCGUCCAAUAAUUCAGUGUUAUGUGAGAUACACUUUCAUGCAGAAAUGUGGACUGAAUCGAAAAAUGGAAACGGCAAGCGCAUACUGAAAAAAGAUGCUGUUCCAACUGUGUUUGGUGAGUUUGUAGUUCAAAAU